AUGAUGAAAGGCUUGGCCGGCCUCACUGCUGAGGAGUUCCAGUCUGUGGGAGAGAGCUUGCGCACGGGCCAGCUUACCAUGAUGGACGUCGAGAAGCGGUACGGCAGGCAGGUCUUGGAAAUGCUGCAGAUGGAGUGGGCCCUACGUGAACACGCUCUAUGGACUCGUGGAGUACUGACGGACCAGCAGGUGAUCGCGGUGUUGGGCGAGACCGCGCUCGAAGUCUUUCAAUCUCACAGGCUCCUGCAUGAGCAAGGCACUUGGGCAGCAGAAGAUGGUUCCCCACCACAGCCGGACCUCUUGAAACACGGUCACAGUCAGGGCAUUACCGAUGUUCAGCGCGACAUGGCCGUCACCGAUCACUUGGAGGGUGGCCUUGGGGUUGCCCCGACAGUGGGGGAGGGCGAGACUGAGAUUGACGAAUGGAUAACCUCGGGGUUCGUCUUGGAAGUGCUGAAGUACAAGAGGGCUUGGGAGCUCACCAAGGCCAAGGUAUUCGUUUUCGCAGCUUGGGGUGCUGGGCUUCGUGAUGGAUCGGUACCAAUCCUCCUUUCUCCAGCCCUGCGCCAGGAGCGAGGCUCUGCCAUCUCCGUGGUGGCCCAGAAAGGGCUGCAGGAUUCCAAGAGCCAGAAGAACUUGGUUGAGAUUGACAUCCUCCGGGAGGAAGACGUUCUGUACGAUCUGCAGGCGGACCUCGUGGCCGUGGAGGAGUUGACGGAGGUGAUAGCUGGCACGGCUGAGCUGUUGCAGAGUGCCCACGAGGAGUAUCGGAAGGAACUCCGAGACGAGCAGAAGAAGCUGACGCAGAAAAAGGAGGCAGCGCAUGUGCAGGAGAAUGGCAUCAGCGAUUUCCUUGCGCGGUACAGCAGGUGCCUUGGCUUAGACAUCGUGCGGGUCACGACCCAGACAGUCCGCCUUGUGUUCACGCUGAUCGACCAGGACGAUCCGAGCCGAGAGUUCUCUGUGGUCCUGGGCCUUGGCAAGGAGGGCUAUGUCGCUUCCGAGUGCUCCCCGCAGGCUCCCGAGCUCCCGGAACUGCUCGAACGGCUCAACGAGGCAUCGCCCAACGCUGCGGCGAUUCCUCUGUUCAUCUGCGGGCUUCGUCGGGCAUUUGCCUCGGUGGCAUGA